GGCUAGGCUGAAGCUGGGAGAGAAAUGAAGUUGUGCUAAAAAAGCCUUUUAGCCAUAAAGAAGUUAUUAGGCAUUUCUCAGCCUCAAAUUAGGGCUACUUCAUUAAUAUCAGCUUCGUCCCCAUUAUGGGAGAGGGAGAGUCUGCAAGCACAUAAAGGGGAUAGGAAGGAGGCAAUAUCUGUCUACCCAGCUGGGGGAGAAGCAAACUUUCCCUCUGCUCUUAAUGAUCUCAAUUAAAGAGCUGGGCUCCUCACCCUGAGAAAGCUCUCUGCAGACUGCUGGGUGCGGGAUUGAAGUGGCACGGAGAAAGUUACCUGAGCCAGAUCCCUGCUGAAGGAGCCUAAAAACCAAUGACUUCAGGCCUCGGAUGGACAGCAGAAGACUAAAAUAAAAGGGAUUAUUAUGUCUCUUUCCCGAGGAGCUAUGUUUGCAGCAAUGAGCAGAAGGAAAGGACUGACCUCCCUUCUUGGGGCGCGGGCUGGUGCGGGAGGCAUUUAGUUUUCUCUGCAGCCCCUUGGAUCGUCCGAGCUGCAUCGAAAAACACCUUUCCGAAGCCGCUUGCAUUCAGCUAACGUCAGUGUGAAAGUGAAUCUAUUAUAUAUAUCUAUAUACACACGCGCACACACAUAUAUAUGUGUAUUUUUCAAUGUAACUCCUGGCUUUUCAUUGUUUUUAAACAAAACAAGCAAACCAGCCGCGCUCAGCAACGAUGCUUGAGGCUUCUGCAAGAUGAAUUGUCGCUGAAAGUUUCUGCCCCCGCUUUGGAUGAAGCUGCGGAGUUUAAACUGUAAGAAGGAAGGGGGAAAAAACCACCAUGAAAGAGAAAUCCAAAAAUGCUGCCCGGACUAGACGGGAGAAAGAAAACAGUGAAUUUUAUGAACUGGCUAAAUUACUGCCUUUGCCCUCGGCCAUCACCUCUCAACUGGACAAAGCAUCCAUAAUCCGGCUCACCACCAGCUAUUUAAAAAUGAGGGUGGUUUUUCCUGAAGGACUUGGAGAAGCCUGGGGCCACUCUAGUCGCACCAGCCCUUUGGAUAAUGUUGGACGGGAACUGGGAUCUCAUCUUUUGCAGACUUUGGAUGGUUUCAUAUUUGUGGUGGCCCCCGAUGGCAAGAUCAUGUACAUCUCAGAGACGGCCUCCGUUCACCUGGGUUUAUCGCAGGUAGAGCUGACCGGGAACAGCAUUUAUGAAUACAUCCACCCGGCCGACCACGACGAGAUGACCGCGGUGCUCACAGCCCACCAGCCUUACCACUCCCACUUCGUGCAGGAGUACGAGAUCGAGCGGUCCUUCUUCCUAAGGAUGAAGUGUGUCCUGGCCAAGAGGAACGCCGGCCUGACCUGCGGGGGCUACAAGGUUAUCCAUUGCAGCGGGUACCUGAAGAUCCGCCAGUACAGCCUGGACAUGUCCCCCUUCGAUGGCUGCUACCAGAACGUGGGCCUGGUCGCCGUGGGCCACUCGCUCCCUCCCAGCGCGGUGACGGAAAUCAAGCUGCACAGCAAUAUGUUCAUGUUCCGAGCCAGCCUGGAUAUGAAGCUCAUCUUCUUAGAUUCCAGGGUAGCCGAGCUAACAGGUUACGAGCCUCAGGACCUGAUAGAGAAGACCCUCUACCACCACGUCCAUAGCUGUGACACUUUCCACUUGCGCUGUGCUCAUCAUCUGUUGCUGGUGAAAGGGCAAGUGACCACCAAGUACUACCGCUUCCUGGCCAAGCACGGCGGCUGGGUGUGGGUGCAGAGCUACGCCACCAUCGUGCACAACAGCAGAUCUUCGCGGCCCCACUGCAUCGUCAGCGUUAACUACGUCCUCACGGAAACUGAAUAUAAAGGACUACAACUAUCCCUGGAUCAGGUUACAGCAACAAAGCCAUCGUUCUCAUAUGCAAAUUCAACUCCAGCCAUAACGGACAACAGAAAGGGAAGCAAAUCACGCCUCUCAAAUACAAAGUCAAAAUCAAGGACAUCACCAUAUCCACAGUAUUCUGGAUUUCAUACAGAAAGAUCUGAAUCUGACCAUGAAAGCCAGUGGGGUGGAAGCCCACUCACUGAUACUGCUUCUCCACAAUUAUUGGAACCUGCUGAGAGACCAAGCUCACAACACCAUGAUGUCUCCUGUGCCUAUAGACAGUACUCGGACCGCAGCGCUCUCUGCUAUGGCUUUGCACUUGACCAUUCUAGGUUGACUGAUGACAGACAUUUCCAUACUCAGGCCUGUGAAGGUGGCAGAUGUGAAGCUGGUAGAUAUUUCCUGGGCACACCGCAGCCUGGAAGAGAGACUUGGUGGGGUUCUCGUUCAGCACUGCCCCUGACCAAAUCAUCCCCUGAAAGCAGAGAAGCAUAUGAGAAUAGCAUGCCCCACAUAACUUCAGUUCACAGGAUUCAUGGGAGAGGACACUGGGAUGAGGAUAGUGUUGUUAGUUCACCCGAUCCAGGCUCUGCUAGUGAAUCAGGAGACCGAUAUCGUCCUGAACAGUAUCAGAAUAGUCCACAUGAGCCCAGCAAAAUUGAAACUCUAAUAAGAGCUACUCAACAAAUGAUUAAAGAGGAAGAAAACAGGCUACAGCUACGGAAAACAACUCCUGAUCCAUUGGUCUCUCUUAAUGGAGCAGGGAAAAAGCACUCCCUUUGCUUUGCUAACUACCAGCAGCAGCAGAUGACAGGGGAUGUCUGUCAUAUUCCUACGGUUGCCAACACCUCUCCAUGUGAACACAUUCAGCAACGAGAUGGGAAGAUUAUGAGCCCACAUGAAAAUGACUAUGACAACAGUCCCACGACACUGUCUAGAAUAAGCAGCCCAAAUUCUGACCGAAUUUCAAAGUCCAGUUUGAUACUAGCUAAAGACUAUCUGCAUUCAGACAUGUCCCCACAUCAAACCACCGGAGACCAUCCAGCAGCUUCUCCAACCUAUUACAGCUCACACAGGCAGUAUUUUGAUAAGCAUGCUUAUACAUUAACUGGAUAUGCUCUUGAACAUCUAUAUGACAGCGAAACUAUUAGAAACUAUUCCUUGGGCUGUAAUGGAUCACACUUUGAUGUGACUUCUCAUUUAAGAAUGCAGCAAGAUCCAGCACAGGGACACAAGGGGACCUCUGUUAUAAUAACCAAUGGAAGCUGACAUUUUUUUCUAAUAUAUUUUGUUCUUUAAAAAACAAAACAAAACAAAACAAGCCCUUUGAAAUGUAAUUGGAAGAUAUAUAUGUUUUAAGGCCCUUGUUACCAGCAUUUGAUAUACCACAAUGCACUAGAGAAAAUACCUAAAGUACUGGGGAAAAGUUAGUAGAUGUGUUCAUUUAAAAAUAAUGCACUGGCAUUAGGGUUAUAGUGAAUACAACUAAAUACAAUGUGGCUGUCAUAUUAUAUAGAAAAGCUGGGAAAGGCUUGGGCUGGGCUGGCUAAGCAGACUUUUGGUAGACUAGUUGAGCAGUUUAUGUACACUGGGCACAUCUGGAUGAGAUGCUUUACUGUACAGUAGAUUAAUUUGCUACACAGUAAAACAUCACUAUCUACAUGUACAUGUGAGUGGCAGUUAGGGUGCAGUAGACAAAUUUACUGUGCUGCUGGAUUGUCCCAUCAGAUACAAGUGGUAUCUGGCAGCACAGUAUUUUACCGAACUUAA